UUCCUUCUAGCGAUGCAAUCAACUGUGUGAUAACAAAACGCUGCCGCGAGUGAUAUUGCAGAGGUUGCAUUUUUUCUACACUUUUUCGUCACUUUGAUACACUUCCGUGGGCGGGAUCGGUUGGCAUUGGUGCCUGCAUGACGCAGAGUGCGUGUGUUGCGUAGCGAUAAAAUGUCCCUGUACAAAAUACGGGUUGCCGACUUGGAGAACAUCUUGGAACAGGAUGAGAUUGAUCUGAAAGUGCUUCGUAGCUUCUGCUUCAAUGGUAUACCGGACUGCAACGGAUUUAGAGCGCUAUGUUGGAAGCUGCUACUCGGCUACCUUAGCCCGAAAAAAUCCACAUGGCCAACGAAGCUAGCGAAGCAGCGAGAACUGUAUAAACAAUUUGUUAAGGAAAUGGUAAUAUCGCCCGGUGAACAGGAUGGACCGGAGUGUAUUGACCAUCCGUUAAGCGACGGUCCGGAAAGUAAUUGGAGCACAUUCUUCAGAGACAAUGAAGUGCUGCUGCAGAUUGAUAAGGACGUACGAAGACUUUGUCCCGAUAUAUCCUUCUUCCAGCAGGCGACCGAAUUCCCUUGCGAGUUUGUCAAGGAACGCGAACGCAAGCUUCAUGUCCGGGUCGCACCAACCACGCUCAGUUCUGCCAAUGUCGAACGGAAGGGUGUCGGUAUGACAAAGAUCAAUCUCAUCACGAAGCGAGCGACGGAGAGCUAUGAAGCGAUGGAUGCCGGCCAGGAGGCACACUGGGAGGUGGUAGAACGGAUACUGUUCCUGUACGCUAAGCUUAAUCCCGGCCAGGGUUAUGUGCAGGGUAUGAACGAGAUUAUCGGCCCCAUCUACUACGUGUUCGCUUCAGAUCCACAUCUCGAGUAUCGCCGGUACGCUGAGGCGGACUGUUUCUUCUGCUUCACCGCACUGAUGGGCGAAAUACGAGACUUUUUUAUCAAAACGCUCGACGAAUCGGAGGGCGGCAUUAAGGGUAUGAUGGCGAAGCUGUCCAACCUGCUGCACGAGCAGGACGCCGAAGUGUGGACGCGGUUACGCGAUCAGGAACUCUAUCCGCAGUAUUACAGCUUCCGGUGGUUAACGUUGCUACUGUCGCAGGAAUUUCCUCUGCCGGAUGUGUUACGAAUCUGGGACUCGGUGUUUGCCGACGACAAGCGUUACGAUUUCCUGAUCAAAAUCUGCUGCGCCAUGAUACUCUUACUAAGGGAACAGAUUUUAGAGAACGACUUCGCGAACAAUGUAAAGUUAUUGCAGAACUUUCCACUGAUGGACAUUAAUCUCGUGCUGCGGAAAGCAACCUGUCUCGAUUAGCGGUUUCAGUAUGGUACGCAAUCAAGUUUUGAUGAUUUUUUCGUAUAUUAUUAUGUGUUUUUUUUUAUACAAAACUUACACUCAACUCGUUCCAAUAAAAUAAGAGCGAAUGCUACGUUCUCGUAGAACGGCGAAAAAUUCC